CCUACCGUGGAUGUAUUGCGGAUAGGAGAGGAAACCGGAGUGCCUGGAGAAAACACCCGCAUCCACGGGGAGGACUUGGAAACUUCACACAGGCGAGGGCAGGAUUCGAACCCCGGUCCUCAGAACUUACAGUAUUACUGACCAAAGUGGGUGUGUCGCGGAGGGCUCUAGGACCCGGGAGCUGCUACGGCAAGGUAGGCAGGCACGGGCUGGCAGACAAAGGCGAGCUGAGCGGUAGCGCGGAUCUUUUCCUGCAGCACCGACGCACGCGCGCACUCCUCCACUCCCACGCGCUCCUUUCACUGGUACACAGAGCUGAGCAUCUGUUACAAGCAUUCCAACUCCCUAUCACCAUGGAGCUCGACUUCGCACACUUCGACGAACGAGACAAGGCGUCGCGGACCCCUCGCGGCGGCCGCUUGAACGGACUCCCCAGCCCGACCCACAGCGCCCACUGCAGCUUCUAUCGCACGCGCACCUUGCAAACGCUGUCCAAUGAGAAGAAGGCCAAAAAGGUCCGCUUCUACCGUAAUGGGGACCGCUACUUCAAGGGCAUAGUGUACGCAGUUGCCAACGACCGAUUUCGCACCUUCGACGCGCUGCUGGCCGACCUGACUCGCUCUCUUUCCGACCACAUCAACCUGCCUCAGGGAGUCCGCUUCAUCUUCAACAUUGAUGGCUCAAGUAGGAUCUCUGCUCUGGAUGAACUAGAGGAAGGGGAAAGCUAUGUUUGCGCUUCAGAGAAUAUCUUCAAGAAGGUUGACUACACUAAGAACGUCAACCCCAACUGGUCGGUCAACGUGAAGGCCUCGGCGAGCCAGAAGAACAUUCAGUCGUUGGCUGCCAGGGCCGCCAGCGAGCCCAGAGAGCAAAGCAAAGACUUUGUUCGACCCAAGCUGGUGACGGUGAUGCGCAGCGGCGUCAAACCGCGCAAGGCCGUGCGCGUCCUGCUCAACAAGAAGACUGCGCACUCUUUUGAACAGGUGCUCACUGACAUCACGGAGGCAAUCAAGCUGGAAAGCGGCGUGGUCAAAAGGAUCUACACGCUUGAUGGCAAGCAGGUUACUUGCCUUCAAGAUUUCUUCGGGGACGAUGAUGUCUUCAUUGCAUGUGGACCUGAGAAAUUCCGCUAUGCACAGGACGACUUCUCACUGGAUGAGAACGAGUGCAGAGUGAUGAAGAAUCAGAAAGCUCAUCGUAGUUUAAUCAAGAGUCCUGGAUCCGCCAAACGCUGCAAGUCCCCUGCUGAAUCGAUUAACGGGACAGGCUCCAGCAGCCAGAUUUCCACCCCCGUCUCCAAGCACUCCCCCACUUCCACUCCAACUAGUCCUUCACUCAACAAACAGAAGGACCUCUACCUGCCUUUAUCUCUGGAUGAUGAUGAUUCUGUUGGGGAGUCCAUGUAGACUCUGAAGCCUUCUUUUUUUUUUUUUUUUUUGGCUUUUUGGGGGGUUCUCCACCGCCACUGAGCGCCACCUUGUGGUCUGGGAGAGCCACUGAAGCGUCUACUGGAAUGCCCUUUGCUGCUUGAACUUUGUUUUUUUUUUUUUUUUUUUUUUUUUUUUUUUUAAAUCAAUUUUCACCACCCAAAUACUCAUGUCACUGUUGCACAAAUGUAUUUCCACAGUUCAGUAACAAGCCAAUUUUUCACAUCUGCUUUUAGCCACAAUUUACACUCCAACCACAAAAUUCCAAGCAGCAAAAUGGGUGGCUUUCGGAGUCAAAUCUGACUUUUGUACAACUCCUUUUUUUAGGGUGCAAAAGCUAAUUUUUUUUUUUUUUUCUUCCUUGAGGAAAGUCCAGCAUUUUAAACAUGCUGUAAAUACUGUGUAUAGUUCUCAUAAUCUUCUGUUUUUUUUCGCUCAUCUGUUGCUGUGCCUCCAUUAAGUCAUCUUAACAUUUAUUCAACUUCUUCAGGCUGUAGUCAAAGUAAAAGAAAUCCUGGGCCGGCAAUGUAUGGAAAGAUCUCUUGAAAAGGAAGCUAAUCCUGAUCAUUAAUUGCAAUAACACAUUCUGAAGGAGAUCCUUGUUUAAAAAAAAAAAAAAAAAAAAAAACUGGUUCCAUCCAUACAGUAGCAGCCUAAACAGAGUUACAUCUUAUACCGUCUGUACAUAUUGCAGUGCAUGCUACUGGUGAGUUAUUUUAAAGCUUUAGGUGCAUAAAAGCUGAUUUGAAGGACCUAACGGUGCAUAAGAUUGACCAAAGUUCAACUUGUUAAAUUAGGCCAAUCUGUAUACAGCAGUGUUUUAUUAAACAGUUUAGCAAUUUACACAUGAAUGCAGAAGUCACAAAGCCAAAGUUGCAGGAUUUAUUUAGGGGACUUUAUUAGUUAGUAGAAAAUAUUCUGGAGGAAUACCUGAUGUAAGCAUGUUCCUCCCAAGGCCUGACAAAAUACAUGUGGCAUUUUAACAUUUUAUAAAAUCCAUUUAUAUGAAGUGUAAGUGUCUAGGAUUUUUCUCUACAUUCAACUUGUGGGGCACGAGUACCUUUAAAGGCUCCUUGUCCAGCCCCCCCUUUUUUUCUUUUUUUAAAUCUAUUAAAAUGUUUGUAAAAUGUAAGAUUUUUCUCAGGUUUUGCAGGCAAUCAAAACGGAGACUUUUUUUUUUUUUUUAAUCAAUUUAAAUUGGAGGACGCUGAAGCACAACCAGCUGCAGGCACUAUGAAUGUCUGCGUGGCACCAUUACAAUGCAAGACCACUAGUUACCCCGCUAAACUAGGCAAACAAAGUGCUCCUUGUGUAGCAUCUUUUUCCCAAUUUUAACAGCUAUGCACUUGGAUUUUUAGGAUUAGUAAUGACGUGUAUGACAUCACAAAAGUCACGGAACCAUUUUGAAAGUGUUGGAUUUAUUUCGUACCCCGCUAGUUGACAGAAAAUUUCUGUGCACUGUUUUUUUUUUUUUUUUUUUCCCCCUCAAGAAAAUUGGAAAAAGACAGUAUUUCUACUUGUGUGCUGAAUUUCCCCACUAGUGAAGACGGGCUGUACUAGUAUAUUGCCAAUUCCGUAUAUCGCUCAAUGUGUCGACACUGUCAUUGCAGUUCUCCAACCGAGAGCGCUGUCAAACAUGUCAUUGUACAUCGCUCUUCCUCGCAAAACCUUGAUCCCCACAUAUUUGGAUGUUUCUUUAGCAUAGAAAACAGUCUACCUGGUGUAACCUGGUCACUGCAAUGAUAGAUGGCCAGUGUGGUUUCAUAAUCUCCUACGUUGGUGCCUUGUUUUUGAGCUAAACAAGAACUGAGUAAUAUUACUUGCUCUUUUUUUUUUUUUUUUUUUUUAAAACCACUUUCAAAUGAGGCCUCCCAACAAAGCUCAUUUUGUAGACUUAGACACUUUAUCAUGGUGUAAAUACCCUUUACUGUUACUCUUUUAUAUUCCACCUAUGCCUUUUCACAUAAUUUUUCUUUCUUUGGCGGUUAGUAUUUAUUCUGUGGAUUUUUGCGAUGUCAAACGGUGGCUUGUUUCAGUGCUCCAUUCAAUGUAACUGGUAUCAUUUUGCAAUUAAAAACUUGUACAAGUUC